UCACAACUCGCAGUAUCAGCACAGUAUACUCACAGAAUACUCUACUCAACUACUCUACUCUCGCUCUCGCUCUCUCUCCUCCUCCAGUCCAGUGCCCAUGCCACGUGUUUCUUUGUUUCGCGUCAGACCGCAAACAGCAAAACAGCCAAAUAUGCGGCCAAGUAUACUGGAGCUAUAAAUGCUGCUCAGCUUCUAUGCCUUCAAUGGACAUGAGGCAUGCUACAAUCUGCUACCAAUUGGCUAGUUAGUACCUCCAUCCGCGUCAGUGACUGUCGCUGACUGAGCUCGCGCAUAAGCAAGAUCACAUCUUCCGUUGUUUGCUCGCAGCUAUGCUCCUGCUGAAGGACUCCUGAUGCCUCCUGUACUUCUACAGAGCAGGGUCAGUCAAGACCCCUCGACUAUAUAUUGGCGCCUGAAUCUGCUUUCAUAGCUACCAGGUAAGCCAAGCAAGAAUGCAUACCAACAAAGGCAAGACUCACAACCUCCCGUUCCUGCUCUCGAUGCUCUCACUCUGCCUCCUCCAAAUGGCCAGCACCCUGGCCUCAUCCUGCGACGGCGAGCUUGCAUCCAUCUUCGGUCUAGAUGUUACCCGAUGGGGUUUCAACUGCACGAAUAUACAAGCUGAAGACAACCUCUGCAUCUUCCCUCCAAAGACGUGUUACUAUUGGAGUCUUAAGCCUGGGCACAAACCUCAGAUGAAAAUCUCUGGCUUAAAAAUCAAAUAUGCACCCUCAGCAAAAGACCUUCGUAUCAGACCAUGCAAAAUGCUACCAGAAGAAGACUUCAUCUUUCCCUGUUGGAUCUUGAAAUUGGAUUGGUCCAAUGAACAGGGAAGGCAGUUGUUUGCGCCGCAGUAUCGAGCUCAUGGCAACCCUCACAUCAUCUUUUGUGGCCAAGAAACCAGGCAAGACAGUAGCAUCCCAAAGAACUUUGCACGGCAAGCAAAAGCGUUGUUUCCAAAUCAUGACUAUGUUGCUUCGUGCGCUCUUCACUAUGAUCCUGAUCGUGGACAGAAGAUGUCGUGUUCGCUAUUCACUGCUCCGUGCUAGAAAGGAGCUCGUCUCAACGCUCAUUGCAGUGACAGCAUGGAGACUUGUUUGUCGAGCAUUGGAAACUGACAAAUGCCCGUGCAACUGCAUUGCUAUCGUCGAGCUCUUCUUCAUACUCUUCUGCGACCGAAUCUGAUUCAUUUGUCGUGGUUGCUGCAUCAUGCUGCCAUUGGGCUCGUUUGGGCAAGAAUUACAAUCAAUGUUCAAUGUGUAAAGAAGAGUGAAUUGUGCUAAGAUACUGUUUGUUUAAGGAUAAAGGACUUGAAAGCUUGCUUGCUAGCCAAGCGUCUUUGUAGUUGAAACAUA